CCAAGUUGAGAUUGCAGUGGGCUGGAAGGCAGUCAGAUUGGGACCAUGGAGCUCAGUGUCCUCCUCCUCCUUGCUCUCAUCACAGGACUAUUGAUUCUCCUGGCCAGGGGCCACCCAAAGGCACAUGGCCACCUUCCGCCAGGCCCCCGUCCUCUGCCCUUCUUCGGGAACCUUCUGCAGAUGGACAGACGAGGCCUACUCAAAUCCUUCCUGAGGCUCCGAGACAAAUAUGGGGAUGUCUUCACGGUGUACCUGGGGCCAAGGCCUGUGGUCAUACUAUGUGGGGCAGAGGCAAUCCGGGAGGCCCUGGUGGACCAAGCUGAGGCCUUUUCUGGCCGGGGGAAAAUCGCCGUUAUUGAUCAAGUCUUUCAAGGAUAUGGUGUGGUGUUUGCCAAUGGGGAACGCUGGAAGGCUCUUCGGCGAUUUUCUCUGGCCACCAUGAGGGACUUCGGGAUGGGCAAGCGGAGUGUGGAGGAACGGAUUCAGGAGGAGGCGCAGUGUCUGGUGGAGGAGCUUCAGAAAUCCCAGGGAGCCCUCCAGGACCCCACCUUGAUCUUCCACUCCAUCACUGCCAACAUCAUCUGCUCCAUUGUCUUUGGAAGACGCUUUGCCUACAGAGACCCUGAUUUUCUGAAGCUUCUGGACAUGUUCUACCAGUCCUUCGCACUCAUCAGCUCCUUCUCCAGCCAGGUGUUUGAGCUCUUCUCUGACUUCUUGAAGUACUUUCCUGGCACACACAGGCAAAUCUACAGAAACAUGCAGGAAGUCAAAGACUUUAUUGGCCACAGUGUGGAGAAGCACAGGGAGACCCUGGACCCCAACGCCCCCCGGGACUUCAUUGAUACCUACCUGCUCCGCAUGGACAAAGAGAAGUCCCACCCGAACAGCGAGUUCCACCACCAGAACCUCAUCAACACCGUACUCUCUCUCUUCUUUGCGGGCACGGAGACCACCAGCACCACUCUCCGCUAUGGAUUCCUGCUAAUGCUCAAAUAUCCCCACAUCGCAGAGAAAGUCCACAAGGAGAUUAAUCAGGUGAUUGGCUCACAUCGCCCUCCAGCCCUUGAUGACCGGGCCAAAAUGCCAUACACUGAAGCAGUCAUCCACGAGAUUCAGAGAUUCGGAGACCUGAUCCCUAUUGGUGUGCCCCACGUGGUCAUCAAAGACACUAAAUUCCGAGGGUACAACAUCCCAAAGGACACUGAAGUAUAUCCCAUCCUGAACUCUGCUCUCUUUGACUCACGUUACUUUGACACACCAGACACCUUCAACCCUAACCACUUUCUGGAUGCCAAUGGGGCACUGAAGAAGAAUGAAGCUUUUAUACCCUUCUCCCUAGGGAAGCGCAUUUGUCUUGGCGAAGGUAUAGCCCGUGCGGAAUUAUUCCUCUUCUUCACCACCAUCCUCCAGAAUUUCUCCGUGGCCAGUCCCAUGGCCCCUGAGGACAUUGACCUCACACCCCGGGAGUGUGGAGUGGGCAAGCUGCCCCCAGUGUACCAGAUCCGAUUCCUGUCCCGCUGAGGGGGUUGAAGGAAGGAGAUCAAAGGAUCCCAGGGUCAUGAAGUAUUCCCACCUCUGCAGGGAUGUUGCCUGACUCUACCCAUGUUCUGCAUCUGAGAGAUCUGCUACAAGCCAGUCUCCUUCUUCCUCCUUGGUUGCCACCUCCACGAGAAUGUCCAUUCUGCAGCCUGCCUCCUUCCAUCAUGCUGCAGCUCUUCUAAAGACUCAAGGAGGUGUUCUCCUUUCCUCUGUUAAUAGAAUUCCAGAAGUGGUGUAUAUAUAGAAAUUGGAGGCUGAAAGUGAAAACUCAGCUGAGGAUCUCUCUGCAGUUCUGCCUCCUAGGCCACUGCUCACCCUGAGUGACUUCUCCCUUCCUUAGAACAACCACAGCCUCCAUUUAACAACUCCUUGUGCUCCAUACAUGAUCUUGCUUGAAUACUACUCCCAGUAGCCCCAUGUGGUGGGUACAAUGAUCAUGUCCAUUGUACAGAUGAG